AGAAAAAACAAGUUGGGAGAGGGUUCGAAACUGAAAACUAAUAGAUAUACCCGAUUCAAGCUUCUUGAAUUACAUAGGAAGAUCGGAGUCGCAGAGUGAUUCGCUCUCAGUAGUCCUCUUCCUUUCUUCUUCCACCUCUCCCAUUCAAGAAAUCCGGUUCCAGAUGAGAUCUCUCAAGCCCGCCUCCUCCAGCAAUGGCGUCGGCAGAAGGCUUACGCUUCUUCAUCUUGUCUGUGCCGCUGCACUUUUCUCUUUUCUAGUUUUCGUCAUUCAAUCCUCUUUCUUUGCAGGUUAUCACCAGCCUCUUGUAGAUCUUAACAGGGAGGAGGUUCGGAUUUUGUCGGAUUUUCAGUCCAACGUUCAGCAAUGCGUGGCAAACCGGGGGCUUGGACUCACUGCACAUAUCAUUGACCACUGCAAGUUGAUUCUCAAGUUCCCAGAAGGCACAAAUAGUACCUGGUAUAAUGAGCAGUUCAAGAUUUAUGAGCCUUUGGAAUACCCGUAUGAUGUGUGUGAGGCAAUAUUAUUGUGGGAACAGUAUCGCAACAUGACUACUGUCUUAACAAGAGAGUAUUUGGAUGCGCGGCCUGAUGGGUGGUUUGAUUAUGCUGCAAAGAGGAUAGCUCAAUUGGGAGCAGAUAAAUGUUACAAUAGGUCUCUUUGUGAGGAGCACCUAAAUUUGAUCCUGCCAUCAAAACCUCCUUUCCACCCCCGGCAGUUUAAAACCUGUGCUGUUGUGGGAAACUCUGGAGAUCUUCUGAAAACAGAGUUUGGAGACGAAAUUGACAGUCAUGAUGCUGUUAUACGUGAUAAUGAGGCACCUGUAAAUGAAAAAUAUGCCAAAUAUGUUGGUCUGAAGAGGGAUUUUCGUCUUGUUGUAAGGGGUGCUGCUCGCAAUAUGAUUGCAAUUCUAAAUGGGUCUGAUGAUGAGGUACUAGUUAUAAAGAGCGUGAUUCACAGAGACUUUAAUGCAAUGAUCAAGCUUAUUCCAAAUCCCGUUUAUCUCUUCCAAGGUAUUGUUCUACGUAGAGGUGCCAAGGGAACUGGAAUGAAGUCUAUUGAAUUAGCCCUUUCUAUGUGUGAUAUUGUUGACAUAUAUGGCUUCACGGUUGACCCUGGCUACACUGAAUGGACAAGGUACUUCUCCACACCCAGGAAAGGCCAUAAUCCACUUCAAGGAAGGGCAUACUACCAACUAUUAGAGUGCCUUGGUGUUAUAAGGAUACACUCUCCCAUGAGAUCUAAGAGGAAGCAAGAUUGGUCUGAUGUUCCAGAUCGAGAAAUGAUUAGGAGGGCUCAUGCUGCGGCCUUGAGCUUGAAGAAGAGUCAGUCAGGUCAGGGCGGUGAUUUGGGACAGUUUGGAAGCUGUAAAGUGUGGGGCAAUGUGGAGCCUGGGACCGAAGGUCCCAUCUCAGGAUCCCCUGAUAUGAGUGAUACCAGGAAACACUCAAGUUAUAGUAAGUGGGAACUUACACCUUUUAACAGUUUGAGAAAAGAAGCAAAAGACCAUUAUAACCAGAUGGAAGGGGUUUCCCUCUACAAAAUGGAUGGCAAUAAGUUGGAUGAUCUUGUAUGUGUGAGGCAUUCUUUGGAUUCUGUUGCGUAAGCAUUCUUCUCAAUGAUGCGCUAUGCAUCAAUACCUUAAUUCGAUUUAGGAUUUACCCGUUCGGCAUGUCUAACUGGGCUCUCUUUGCUAUUUUAUAUGUAACACCUCAAUAUAUAUGUGCUAGUUAAGAGAAUGCUUUUCUGGCUAGCCACAAGCAAUAGAGGCAAAGGUAACAUAGAAACCCAGUUCUUUCCGAGAGGGUCGUUGAGAAAUUGUGUGCCGUUGACAAAAGAUGAUUUAUCCUACUUGGGUUUCCAUGCUGGAGUUCAGAGCGCUGUGAACUGACAAAAUUACGUUUGGUUAGGAUUAGGAUCUUGGGAAGUAGGAAAGUGGAGUCGCUUUAUUCUUUGGGUUUGUUUCUAAAUAGGUUGUAAAGCUUGUAUUUUAUCCUCUGAAAGAAAAGUGUAUCAUUAGUUAUUCUUGGAAUUAUUUGUACAAACUAUUUAAGUUAAAAUGUCCAUUUUCUUGUUUGGCUAAUGCGACAAAAACCCUUGGUCAUAA